GGCGCAGUAGUCAAUUGGUCCUUCACUGCCCUUCCAGCUGCAUCGCUCACCUUCAACUGGCCUGACGCUCUUAUAAAGAAAAGAAACUGACACACCCGACGUCUCAUAUCUCUCACAGAGAAGCGGAAACACAUUUAAAUCCGUUCUUUUAAUGAUGUAGGCAGGUGGUCUGGCCUUUGGACGACUAAUUAGCGGCAUCCCCGCUCACUGCGACACGGAAACGCCACCUAGCUAUCUUGCCUUUUCGACGCUUAAAUAGACAAGGGCAGAAUAAAAGGACACCCCUGGCAAGCCUCCUUUUGGAAAAAGAAGGAGCGACCUCCGUGGAUCUCUCGUAGUGAUAUUUUGGCUUUUCUUCGGCACCAGGCCGCCACCUGCAUCUUCGCCUGCUUCCUCAUCUUCAUCCUCCUCAUCCAGUCUGCGCCAUGGCCGACGUCCCAGCCGAGUGCAACAUAAAGGUUCUGUGUCGUUUUCGUCCUCUCAACCAGUCCGAGAUCAUUCGGGGGGACCUCUUCUUACCCAAAUUCCAAGGAGAUGACACUGUCGUCGUUGGGGGCAAGUCUUAUGUGUUUGAUCGAGUGUUUCCGACCAACACCACCCAGGAGCAGGUGUACAACACUUGUGCCAAACAGAUUGUCAAAGAUGUAUUGGGUGGCUACAAUGGCACAAUCUUUGCAUACGGUCAAACCUCGUCCGGCAAGACUCACACUAUGGAGGGCAAGCUGCACGACCCUCAUCAGAUGGGCAUUAUCCCUCGCAUUGCGGAGGACAUUUUUAACCACAUCUUUGCCAUGGAUGAAAAUCUGGAAUUCCAUAUUAAGGUUUCAUAUUUUGAAAUUUACAUGGACAAGAUUCGUGACUUACUGGAUGUGACCAAGACCAACCUGUCUGUCCACGAGGAUAAGAACCGUGUACCCUAUGUCAAGGGAUGCACUGAGCGUUUUGUCUCCAGCCCGGACGAGGUGAUGGACGUGAUUGACGAGGGCAAAUCUAACCGCCAUGUUGCUGUUACUAACAUGAAUGAGCACAGCUCUCGCAGCCACAGCAUCUUUCUGAUCAACAUCAAGCAGGAACAUGUGGAGACCGAACAGAAGCUUUGUGGCAAACUCUAUCUGGUGGACCUGGCAGGAAGUGAAAAGGUCAGUAAGACAGGUGCUGCAGGAGCUGUGCUGGAUGAGGCCAAAAACAUCAAUAAGUCUCUGUCAGCCCUGGGAAAUGUCAUCUCUGCUCUGGCUGAGGGAACAAAAAGCCACGUACCAUACCGUGACAGCAAGAUGACCCGAAUCCUGCAGGAUUCGCUGGGCGGGAACUGUCGCACCACAAUGUUCAUCUGCUGCUCGCCCUCCAGCUAUAAUGACGCAGAAACCAAGUCCACACUGAUGUUUGGACAACGUGCCAAGACUAUCCGCAAUACAGCCUCCAUCAACUUGGAACUGACGGCUGAGCAAUGGAAGAGGAAGUACGAGAAGGAGAAGGAGAAGAACAAGACUUUGAAGGACAGCAUCCAGAAGCUGGAGGCUGAGCUCAACCGCUGGAGGAAUGGAGAGGAUGUACCCGAGACAGAGAGGACACAGCCGGAGAUGGUUACUCGUUAUGAGUCGAUGGAGGAACGUCCGAUUCUGGAUAAUGAUACCUCCUCCAUUGUCGUCCGCAUUUCUGAGGAAGAGCGCCAAAAGUACGAAGAGGAGAUUCGCAAGCUUUACAAACAACUGGAUGACAAGGAUGACGAGAUUAACCUGCAAUGCCAACUAGUGGAGAAACUUAAGCAGCAAAUGUUGGAUCAGGACGAGCUCUUGGCGUCUUCGCGUGGGGACGGUGACAAGGUGCAGGCAGAGCUCGGCAGGCUGCAGGUGGAGAGUGAUUGCGCCAAGGCGGAGGUGAAAGAGGUGCUGCAGGCUCUGGAGGAACUGGCGAUCAACUAUGACCAAAAGAGUCAGGAGGUGGAGGAGAAAGGUCUGCAGAACCAGCUACUGGCUGACCAGCUGGCUCAGAAAAUGGCGAGUCUGAUGGAGCUGGAGGCGGAGCUAUCUCGCAUGCAGGAGGUGAGCGGUCAGCAGAGGAAGCGUAUCGCUGACGUCCUGAACGGACUGAUGAGGGACCUGAGCGAGUUCAGCUCCAUCGUGGGCAAUGGCGAAAUCAAGCUGCCGGUGGAGAUCAGUGGCGCAAUUGAGGAGGAGUUCACAGUGGCACGCCUCUACAUCAGCAAGAUCAAGUCGGAGGUGAAGAGCAUGGUGAAGCGUUGCCGUCAGCUGGAGAACAUGCAGCUGGAGUGCCACCGCAAGAUGGAGGAGACUGGGAGGGAGCUCUCCUCUUGCCACCUUCUUAUUUCUCAGCAUGAAGCUAAGAUCCGUUCCCUGACUGAGUACAUGCAGAGCGUGGAGCACAAGAAGAGACUGCUGGAGGAAAGUCACGACUCUCUGAGCGAAGAGUUGGCCAAGCUUCAAGACCAAGAUAAUUCUCUUCUGGAGGAGAAGGAUGGUGAGAAGGGAGAGACUGAAGAUGGAAAUGUCAAGAAGGUAACCCGCGGCCUCCAUCACAAACAACUGGCUCGUCUGCGUGAUGAGAUCAACGAGAAACAAAGGCUCAUCGACGAACUCACAGAUCGCAAUUCCAAGAUGGAGCUGGAGCUGGCUCAGAUUCGCGCCGACUUUGAGCGUCUGAAGAGCCAGGACAGCACCAAGUCCGAGCGCAUAGAGGAGCUCUCAUUCCUGCAUGAGCGCCAUGAGCAGACUAAACAGGAUCUAAAGGGUCUGGAGGAGACUGUCGCCCGCGAGCUCCAGACCCUCCACAACCUCCGCAAGCUGUUUGUUCAAGACCUCACGUCGCGGGUUAAAAAAAGUUCCGAAAUGGAACCUGAUGAUAGCGGGGGGUCUUGCACCCAGAAGCAGAAGAUUUCCUUUCUUGAGAAUAACCUGGACCAACUUACAAAGGUUCACAAACAGCUGGUUCGUGACAAUGCAGAUCUGCGCUGUGAGCUUCCAAAGCUGGAGAAACGUCUUCGGUCUACUGCUGAGAGAGUUAAGGCCCUGGAGACUGCACUGAAGGACGCCAAGGAGGGCGCCAUGAUGGACCGCCGUCGCUACCAGCAGGAAGUUGACCGCAUCAAAGACGCCAUGAGGGCGAAAAACGCCCAGAGACGUCCUCACGCUGCACAGAUUGCCAAGCCUGUGAGACCGAAGCAAAUGACCGUCUGCUCUCCCAGCAACCCAUUUUACUCGUACAUCCGGGCCACUGAGCACGCCAAUACCUACAGCAACGCCGUCUUUCAGAGCAGCAUGACGCCGACCAACUCUGCAAGCUCCAACUGCAACCCGAACUCUGUUCAGACCAACACAGUUUCCACAGCACUAGGCUACAGAGCAGGCAGAUACAAUGGAGACAUACUGGAAUCCUUCCCACUUAACAUUGACAAUGGAAACAGCAUCAGUGACACAAGAGACAUCAAUGACAACAGGAGUGAUGUGCACUGUAGCAUCGAGGUGGACGAUUCAAGCAGACACUUCAUCGCUCACCAGGAGACGGCUGCAAGUUAAUACUGAGGUGAUGACCAAACACUGUACAUGUCUGAAGACCUGCACCCUACAUCCCACCCAUCUGCAUGCAGCCUGCCUCUUUGUUCCUCUACUGCAUCACCAAUGAAGAUGAUGACGAUGGUGGUCUAUAGCUUUCUAGUCUUUUAAUUAGAUAAAGCUGCUCCUCCUCUUCUUUCUACUUGCUCCUUUUACUUCAAUAAGUGGGCGGCAGUACAGGAAGUCUUUUUUUUUUUUUUUUUUUUUUUUUUGUAAAUAUAAAACACCGCAUUCCCUUAGCCAAUCAAGCUGUUCCUGGAAUAUUUUGGACUCCUGCAAAAAAGUAUUGAUGUAUAAUCUACUGGAGCGUUUUGACCAGCAUCUUUUUGUGGUAAUGCACAACCUUUCUCUGCACACAUCGUCUUCUUAAAAGACCUCAUUCAGUUGGCCUUAGUACAGCCAUAGUGUCAACAUUGCCUGCUCCAAACAGAAGUUCUUCACCGCACACAAAAGGACACACACCCAGCAUGCAUGUCAGUUAGUGGGUUCGCUUCCAUAUACUUUCAUUUGUUGUGAUUCCUGUCAGAGAGACAGCAGUCUAAUCAGCUGAUGGGAGGUACGUUUAGGACUGACAUUGGAAUUUGGCAUUAAAGCCUGCAGUGUGAAUCCAUUUCAGAACGGCUUGUCGUCAUCCCUAUUCUGGUACUAGUGUUUUAUUUAAAGUUGAUGUUCUGAGUUGCUGUGUUUAGGGCUGCAGCUAUCGAUUAUUAAAGUAACCGAUUAAUCUAUCAAUUACUUCAAAUAAUCGCGUAAUUGAAUUAGAAACAUUUAAUGCGUUGCAGAAUAAAUUUUAGGGAAUAUGAAACGAAGGCUUGCUACGAUUGCACUUUCUAAAGAGCAUUAAAUGUGAAUACAAAAUAAAAUUCCCGAGUGGUUCUUCAAAUUAUGCAGAAUUGUGCUUUCAUUUCACAAGAGCAAUAAAUGCGUUUGAAAGUAAAUUAAAAUACCUGACCUUAGCCUCAAUCGGUAUAAAUAAAUGAAUAAAUAAAUAAAUAAAUGAAUGAGGAUCUAAGUACAACAAAAGAACAAUUGGCCAACUUGCAUAGAAAAAGUCUGCCAUCUUAAAUGCAAGAAAAUGUUAACUUUUUUUUUUUUUUUUUUACAA